UUUUUUUAGCUAACAGGCAACUCCAGUGAAAGUACUCUGAAAGGGCAACGCGGGAAGUGUGUCUCCCCUCAGCGUGUAACUUGAAGUAGCGGUCAGUGGGGGGGAGCGUGGACUGGCAGGUAAAGGUGCGAAGUGUUGGUCAGCGUGGGGUGGACAACAGCGAGGUGACGGAGGAGGGAGGAAGAAAGGAAACGAUGGAUAGAAGGAGAGAGUCGCAGAGGAUGAUGUCGUCGUGUGGAAGCCUGUACGACAGCACCAACCUGCUGCUGCAAUACUGCAACAACACCGACGACACCAUGUCGGCGGGCAGCAACAUGGACAUGGAGGACCGCGUGUCCCACCUGGAACAGAAACUGCAGCUCCAGGAGGACGAGAUCCAGCUGCUGAAGGCCGCCCUGGCCGACGCCCUGCGACGUCUGGGCUACUGCGAGGAGCACAGCCUGGCCUCGCAGGCAUCGGGUGCUCAAGCCGCUGGGAGGAGGUCCCUGGGGGGAGCCACUGCGACCCCGCCUACCAAGGUGCGUCAGCUGCUGCAGACUCUACCCUCCAAGCCGCUGAGCAACGGCUACAUGCAACACAAACGCCUCCUGUCCUCCCCCUCCUCUCCAAAGAAGGACGUCUUGCAGUCCAUCAAAAGGAAGAGCAUGUCUACAGAGCGCCUCACGCUGGUCAGGAGGGAGGCGGCAGCGGAGAGUCGAAGUCGAACUACCUCCUCCAGCAGCUCCUCAGGUGGCAAAAGUAAAUCCAAAGAAUGCACCUUCAAUGCAGAGGAUGGCUACGUCAGGAUGUUCCUCCGAGGUCGUCCCGUCACCAUGCACAUCCCAGACGAGCAGCGGGACAGCUACAGCCUGGAGCACAAGGUGGCGCUGCCAGACCGCAAGCUGAAACUGGAGUGGGUGUACGGCUACCGCGGGCGGGACUGUCGCUCCAACCUGUACUUGCUGCCCACUGGCGAGAUCGUCUACUUCAACGCCUCAGUGGUGGUUCUGUACAACACGGAGGAGCAGCAGCAGAGGCACUACCUGGGACACACAGACGACGUCAAAUGCCUGAGUGUGCACCCUGACAUGGUUACCAUAGCAACGGGGCAAGUGGCCGGAAAUACGAAAGAUGGAAAGCUGCUGGCGCCUCACGUUCGUGUCUGGGACUCUGUGAGCCUCAACACGCUCCACGUGCUCGGGAUGGGCGUGUUCGACAGGGCCGUCACAUGUGUGUCUUUCUCCAAGUCGAAUGGAGGCAGCUUCCUCUGCGCCGUGGACGACGCCAACGACCACAUCCUGUCUGUCUGGAACUGGCAGAAGGAGAAGCAAGUGGCCGAUGUCAAGUGCUCCAAUGACUCCGUGCUGGGGGCCGUCUUCCACCCCAUGGACGCCAACCUGAUUGUGACCUGUGGAAAGUCCCACAUUAACUUCUGGACUAUGGAGGGAAACACGCUGGCCAAAAGACAAGGACUCUUUGAGAAACACGAGAAGCCCAAGUACGUGUUGUGUGUGGCGUUUGCAGAGAAUGGAGACGCCAUUACUGGGGACUCCAGUGGAAACAUCUAUGUCUGGGCCAAAGGUGGUAACCGUAUCAGUCAAGUGGUGUCGGGGGCACACGAGGGCGGCAUUUUCUCUGUAUGCGUCCUCAAAGACGGGACCAUGGUGUCUGGAGGCGGGAAGGACCGCAAGGUGGUCCUCUGGGACCGUGACUACAGGAAGCAGGCGGAGAUGGAGGUGGGCGAGGCGUUCGGUCCGGUCCGGGCUCUGGCAGAAGGCAAAGCAGGCGAGCUCUUCAUUGGGACCACCAAAAACGCCAUCCUCAGUGCUGCCUUCCCUGACACCAUGACGGCCAUCGUGCAGGGGCACACAGACGAGCUGUGGGGUCUGGACAUCCAUCCCUGCAUGGAACAGUUUGUCACAUGCUCUCAGGACAAGCAGGUCCAUCUGUGGGACACCAACUCCCAUCAGCCUCUGUGGACCAAGACCAUCGAGGAUCCUGGGAGGUCUGCAGGGUUUCAUCCAAGCGGGGCGGUUCUGGCGGUUGGGACCAUGUCGGGAAGGUGGUUAGUGCUGGACACGGACACCCGGGACCUUGUCUCCGUGCAUACGGACGGUAACGAAAUCAUCUCCAACGUCAAGUACUCUCCAGAUGGCAACUUCCUGGCUGUGGCUUCGCACGACAACUUUGUUUACAUCUACGCCGUGACAGACAACGGACGCAAGUAUAGCCGUGUGGGCAAAUGCACCGGCCAUUCCAGUUUUGUGACCCACGUGGACUGGUCCACAGACAGCCAGAACCUGGUCACCAACUCAGGAGACUACGAAAUCCUCUUCUGGGAGGCACCCAGUGGCAAACAUGUGACCAACAUGGACGCCGUACGAAACCUCAAAUGGGCCACUGCCACAUGCACUUUGAGCUUCAACACCUUUGGAAUCUGGCCCGACGGCGCAGACGGCACGGACAUCAACGGCGUGUGCAGGUCACAUGGCGAAUCCCUGCUGGCCUCGGCUGACGAUUUUGGCAAAGUGCACUUGUUGUCGUUCCCCUGCUCUCAGCCCAGGGCCCCGGGUCACGAGUAUGGCGGCCACAGCAGUCACGUGACCAGUGUCGCCUUCCUCCACGACGACAGCCGCCUCAUCUCCACCGGCGGUAAAGACACCAGCAUCCUGCAGUGGGUGGUUGCCUAGGUAACUCGGCUACCAAGCCGCUAGCUCAGCCUCUAGCCCACCAGGGGGCAGCACCUCCUCCGUGCCUGCACGUUACUAAGACACACAUCACGCUGGAUACGAUGAAUGUUUGACGACGUUAUUAAUCUGGUGAAUGAAACCAUAUUUAAUGUAACACAUACACGAUGUCACCGUGAACUUUAGCAUUUAGCGCUAACUGUGCCUGAAACCCAUUCUGCCCACUGAGGUAUUUAGUUUCAUAUCACGCAAUGGCGCUUCGACUUCCAUCAUCUGUGCUGUGACACCACACAAGCGUCCUUCAGGUGGGUCUUUGCACCUCUGACAAACUGCUUCAUGUCCCGUUGGUGCGCGCUAGGCCCGCUUGCCUUCAUGCUGUAUCUUCUUCAGGUCCAAAAUAAUAAUAAUGAUGAUUGUCAAUUUGUACACAGUGCUGUUUGUUGGGUACUAGGUGGCGCUGCAGUGCAAUGAUUGCAUGAGUUCAGCCGCCCUUCUUCAUAGAUUCAUUAGAGUUAAUAUAUACUAUAUAUAAAUACAUAUGUAUGUCAUGCAGUAUAUCUGAGUGGCUGUGCUAUUUUAAUAUUUAACUCCUAAGGCUUAUUAUCAUUGUUGUAAUGAUUGUCAUUGUAGACAUGUCACAUGUAGUGAUUGACCGACUGCUUAAGCUGUGUUUGGCCUUCUGAUUUGUUAAUAAAGUUUUUACCCAGUCGCUUAUUGUCCUUUAU